CUUUAUCUGCCACUUCAUUUUCCUCCUGCUCAUUGUACAGACGAGCUUUGCCGACCGCUAUCUGUUCGCAUAGCUCAUUCUGAGGCUCUUUCUUUUGGCACUCAUCUCGAAGCCGAAUUGGCAUCUCCAUCCUCUUCCUCUGCAACUACUUCCUUGCAAUCCUCUCAACUUGAAACUGCAACCUCGGCAAAUGGUCGUGCCGUUCCCCUUUUCGUCAAUUUUCGCCCAGCGGAGGAUUAA